UUUAUGCCAAGUGUGACGUGCUCCUUUCUCAAUCAUUCCAAUGCUGCAUCUCCCAAAAUUCAACCCCACCUCCUCACCAGGGACACUCUACAUAAAUGUCAUCUCCCAUAAGGAGAUCUUGUAGUGUGACAUCAGUGCUACCAAAAUGCGAGUGAUUUAGAAUGGUGCACUCCCAGAUCCUGCGACUCCUAUCCAUUCCUUCCAGGUGAAAAGCUGCUGCCUUCUGGUAAAACUGAAAAGCCCAUCUUAUCUAGAGCAAAUUUAAAAAAAAAUACUGGCAUUGUGCAAACGUAUGCGGCCAUACUGCCAAAAUAAUUUUUUCCAGGUACACCAUGGGUACACGUUUUCCCCAAAACGUCACUUCCUUAUAUGAACCUCCCACCUCAAAUACGUUUCAGCCGUUUCAGCGUUAUUUAAAAAAUAUGAUGUACUUUCUCGUCUUUCGUCCUCUUCAGCUAUUGAAUUUCCAGAGUCACAACGUCAUCUCAGCCUUGUUACUUGUCAUAUAACAACGCUGCGGUCGGCGAAUUGUCAAUGUAACUUUCAUCAGUAAAGAGAUUAUUGUGGUAUGUAUGUACCAUGUUUUACCUACCGAUGCCCACAACCAGUGAUAACUCUUUGACUCAAAAUGGAAGCGACAGGGAAGAUACAAACGUGAAUCAUCCAAAAAUAACACCAAGCAAAAUUAGCAGUAUGACUGGUCAACUUAUUGUUGGAGUUAUUACUGGGCGUAAUCUUAUUGGCAUGGAUGUUGGUGGGAAGUCAGAUCCAUAUUGUAUCAUCACAGUUGGUGAUGAGGAAGCAAAGACAACUGUACAAAACAACACAGUUGAUCCUGAAUGGAAUGAAACCUUUAUUUUCUCCCUCUGCCAUGGACCUCACUUUCAAUCACAUGGUGAGGCUUGUGAUAUUGACGUCACUAAUACAGCCGUGGUUUAUUACGUCAUCAUUGAUGUAUGGGAUAAAGACACUUUGAAUCGGGAUGAUUUCAUGGGGAGAGUGAUGAUCCCAGUGUCUUUGCUAAGUCACGAGACGAUGUGUGGUUGGUUUUCCCUUGGAAGAACCUCAUCACGUGAUGCAGAUUUUACUGGUGAAAUAUAUAUUGAACUUCGUAUAAAAUCACAAUUGCCAAUCAAAAAAUGGAUUGUAGAUGACCAGCUUCAUAAAAGUUGUGAUGAACUGCCAGAGUUCGAACUGUCCAUAAAAAGUUCGUCAGAUUCCUUUAGUUUCCCAGGUGAAACAGAACGUGUUGAAAUGGUACUGGAGAAUGUUGUUGUUGAAAUUAGCAAACAUCGUGACGUUGGUACAGUUUAUUUAACGAAUUAUAGACUUCUCAUCAUGUGUAAAACGAAUGACAAAUUAUCGGAGGAACAUUCCAUGUGGAUUGCUUUCAAGAAUAUUCGGUCAGUUAACAAGGCAGUCGAUGAAAAGGCCGUGCGUAAAACAUUGUCUGGAAAUCGUCGUAUUUUUGUGGUUAAAUGUCUUACAUUAGAAUGCUGCGACUUUCGUGUAAUACGUCUUACUUUCGUCGACUUCACCCAAACAGCUCAACCCUCUAUUAGUUUGACGGAAACCCUCAAGCAGUCAUUACUCAUUCCCAAUUUCAAUCCGACGCGUGGCGAGAUGACGUCACGAAUAUCUAAAGACAGUCCAAGUGCUAAAACCAAGAAAUUACACGUGAGUUGCAACGAUUAUAAAGAUAUCGACGGCUGGUCACUGUGUGAAGAUGAUGAUUUGGAAGAAGAAGAGAUUGUUAACGAGGCAGCUCAACCAAGUCAACAUUCUCCGCGCUUUGCAAGACGCAAAUUCUCUGCCCUCGCUUCUCUCAGUGAUAUUGCGAAAAUGUUAGUAAAUGUUCAAGGUAUUUUCACUCCGAACUCAACGACGAGCAACGUGUUGGAUGAACAAGUUGAGAAAGAGGAAAAUGAAAACCCCAUCACUCGACCAAGUUUUGUUCAUAAAUAUGCGAAUAUGCUCUAUGUGCGUCUCACCCAUCUUAUACAUACUUACACCGAGAUAUCUUUUUCUCAAAAAUUUGUCAAAGCUUUUCCUCAGUGUGCUUCAUGCGGGUGGGAUGUUUAUGAUGUAGAAAAAGAGUUUAAAAGGCAGGAGGUAAAUGAUAGUUGGCGAAUGACUGAGAUCAAUAAAGAUUAUAGUGUUAGUCAAUCAUACCCCGGACUUUUCUUUGUGCCGACUGGUGUCUCGGAUUGCAUUCUUGAAAAAUGUGCAGCAUUUCGUAGUAAGGGUCGUUUGCCAGUACUUUCCUGGUUUAACAAGAGAAGAGGAAACUUCAUCAUGCGUUGUGCUCAACCUCGAACUGGACCACGGCGAAAGUUUAGUGCUGAUGAUGAAUAUGUGAUUCAGAGUGCACUAUCUUCGAAUAUGUCAUCUCACAGUAUGGCGAUUUUUGAUGCAAGAUCAAUUUUAGCUGCAUCGGCGAAUCAACUUAAAGGUAAGGGAACAGAGGAUAUUGAACGUUAUCCCGGAUGUAAGCUCACGUUUCUCAACAUUCCCAAUAUACAUGUCGUUCGUCAAAGUUUGGAAAAACUUCAGCUUGCAUGUAAGACGUUAGAAAGAAAAUGGUUUUCACAACUUGAAGCGUCUGGUUGGAUGGCUUAUAUUUCGCUAAUUCUUCAGGGGGCAAUAACGAUUGUUCAGUAUGUUGAUGAGAAAGGUAUUGCUGCUCUGAUACAUUGUAGUGAUGGUUGGGACAGAACAGCUCAACUUUCGUCCCUUUCUCAGAUACUUCUCGAUCCAUAUUAUCGAACCAUUAAAGGAUUUCAGGUAUUGAUCGAAAAAGAGUGGACAGCAUUUGGUCAUCGCUUUCGUGACAGAAAUGGUCAUCCAUCAUCAAACAGUAAUCAAAGAUCACCCAUAUUUCUUCAAUUUCUUGACUGUGCUUGGCAAGUUUUGGUUCAGUUUCCAUACGCGUUUGAAUUCACCGGUGAUUAUCUUUUACGAAUUGUCGAUCAGCUAAACACUGGAUGGUUUGGCACAUUCAUGUGUAAUAAUGAGCGGCAACUACUUAUUGAAGAAGACAAACCGCUGACAACUUUGUCGCUGUGGGCUCAUCUUGAUAGUAUCGCUAAAAAGUUUCAAAAUGAUAAAUAUAUUUACAAAGAUGAGGUAUUGUAUCCGACGUCUAACAUCAGACGUCUGCUUUUUUGGUCUGAUUAUUAUUUACGCUACGAUGAGACGUUUUGGAGGUCAAACCAGUUAUGUGAGUUUGGAUUAGCUGAUUUGGACGAGACAAUCGAAUCUUCAUCAGUUGGUAAAACAGUUGUCUGGGUGGCGAAUGAGCGCGUUAAAGAAUGUCAUGAUUGCCAAGUAAAUUUCACCCAUUUCAACAGAAGGCAUCAUUGUCGAGCAUGUGGACAAAUAUUCUGUAAUGAAUGUUCAUCACAUCGUGUACAUUUAUUGAAACUGGGCUACACAAAGCAAGAAAGAGUGUGUGAUAGAUGUUAUAUCAAGUAUAAGGAUGAACAAAGAAAUCCACUGGAAAGCAUUAAGAAAUGCGACUUAGGAUCGUUUGAAGUUCUCUAGUUUGAUGGCUGAAAGAUCACUUCCCUUAUGAUUUACACCUGUAAUAUCUUGAACAAUGUCUGCAAUGAGGUUCCAUUCCAAUUACAUGAAAGACAACACAAAAGACGUCUCAAUCUGAAAACAAUACGUGUUGUUGUUUUAACGUGGAAAUCAAAAACACAAAGUAUAAUAUCGCCAUAAACAUUUAUUAUUCAUCAAUUUUUACUCAGAGCUUUGUGUAUUAAACAUUAAAUAAAAAUAACCUUUGUCACGAUUA